AUGCGGCAGCUCUGGGCCGUUGGUUGGAUGCCAAACUACUUGCGCCACGUGGUAGCGCAGACCCUCAUCGAGUAUCUGGACCUCAGUUGGAAGCAUGGACUUGAAUGGUUUGACUGGACCCUGGUCGAUAUUGAUGUGGCUAUCAACAGCUUCAUGUGGCAAAAUGGUGGCCACUCGGGUCCAGACCACUGGGAGUUCGUGCUCCAUCCAGUGAAUGCCGCGAAGAGCUGCGACCCAGAAGGUCACUAUGUCCGUCGCUGGCUGCCUUUCUUAGCCG